AUGGAUCAACCACCGUCUCCAGUAUUAGUGUCAAAACUAUCACGAUCUCUACAAGCCCGAAAAAGAAAACAGAAGUCGCAUGUUGUUAAAAACAAAAGCAGUAAUCAUUUAGACAAUGUAAUAGAAAAAAUUGAGGACAAUAAUGACAUUAUUACAAACACUGUAAAAGAAAUUGAAAAUUGUUUACAACUUGUCAAAUCAACUGAGUCACAAUUUACAAUAAGCGAUGCAGAAAUUUUAAAUAAUAAUUUAGAUAAUCGUAUAAACACUUUACAUGAAAUUCAGAAUGUAAUUGAAAGGGAAAAUGACAUAUUAGACAUUUCUCUUGCGGAACAAAAUAAUGUUUUAAACUACGUGCAACCUUCGAAAUCACACAAAGAAGAGAGAAGCAAGAAAACCAAUUCUUUUAAUGUUCGUAACGUUGCUUCAACAUCUAAAGAAGAACAAAACGCUUGCACGAAUGUUUCCACGGAGGUAACUCAAUAUUCAAAUUCGAUAAUAGAAAAUCAAAAUUUAUUGUCAACAAAAAAUUCUAUUUGUGUGGAGAAUGAUAUGCUUAUAGAUGAUUGCACAUCGGAUCAAGAUCUGUUAGACGACGGAAAUGAUAGUCGAAUUUCGAAUUUAGUAAAUACUAUAAUAUCGGGAACAAAAGUUUACAGUAGUACACCGGUUCAAGAAAAAUUCCAAAAAAAAUCAAGUCCAAAAUUAAAUACGUCAUACAGACCUAAAAGUAUAAAUAUUUCAGAAGAUUGUUUAAAAUCAGCUUCAAAAUUGUUUGAAGAUAUGUUCGAAUCACCCAUUAUUGAAACUUCAAAAGCUGAAUUUAGAAAAAAUGUCAAUAAAAAAUCAUUAAACUUUACGAAAUCGGAAAUGGAUGAAAAUUUUAGUUUUCAUUCAGAUAUUACGGAUACCCAAAUGAACCAAAUUGUUGAUGAAGUAAUUGUGGUACCUAAAACUAAAAAAAUUGUAGAAGAUUGUUUCAAUGGAUUUGAAAGUAAUUCUAUAAACAAUAGUCAAGAAGCUAAAGAAAAUUGGGAUAGUCAUUUACAUCAAUGGAGGAGAGAAUUUUUAGAUUUGUCUGAAAACUCAAAAUUAGAUUUUAAAGGAUUUCAUAAACAAGAUGAACUUAUUUCGGAUAAAUUUAUAAAAAAGUAUCGGUACGAUUCAUGUAACGAUACUUCAACUUCAAAAGAUAAGAAUGUAUUCGAUUUAGAAUUUCAUUCAGCUUCGAAUAAGCCAAUUGAAAUAAAAAAUACGGAUUUAUCGAAAGUUAAAAUAUUUGACGAUUUAGACGAUUACAGAAUAUUAUUAAGUGAUGAUACUAAACUGAGUAAAAAAGCAUCUAAAAUUCCUUUAAAAAGUGACUCUAACAUUGGCAGGAAAUUUGAGGAAGUUUUAAAAAAUCCUAAAAUUAGUGAACCAUCAUUUUGUACUUCACCAUCGGAAUUUUCUAAACAAAAAAUUAAAUCAAAAUUAAGUAGAAUGGAAAAACAUGAGUUAACAUUACAGAAUCUCACUGAAAUGGAAAAAUCAUUUAAGGCAGCUGAAAAUGUAUUUGCAUUUAAUGCUGAUUCAAAUUAUAAAAAUAAAAAAACCGAUACCUCAAAAGCCUUUUUCGAGUUACACGAAUCAUUUAAUACUUCCGGUAAAAAUAAGGGCGACGCUUUGUAUGAAUCUCUUGAUGAAGAAUCAAAGAUAUUUUCAAUGAAGGCGAAUAAUUUAGGUUUUCAGGCAGCAUUUAAUAAACAAGUUAACUUUAAUGAUAAUAAUUCGUUGCGUAAAGUACAAAUUUUAUGUAAGGAUGUCGAUGAAAGCAACUCAGAUUCAGAAAGUUCUUCAAAAAAGAAACUACUAUCAGAGAGUGACGUAAACGAGGAGAUUUGCUUUCGAACAGCUUCCAAUAAAAAAUGUAAAAUUAAUGAAGAUGUAUUGCGUAAUGUUGAUAUUUUAUUUAAGGAUAUAAAUGAAUUUUCAACUGAUAAUACUGAACCAAAUAGUAGCUCUAAAACUACGCAUACAUCUUCAAAAAUAGGUACUUCCUCAAAUAAUUCUUUAAAUUUUGAAAAAAGAACUGUAAAAUCUAAUAAAUCUUUGUCUACAUUUCUUCCCGAUAAAGAUAAUACAUUUGAAAAUUCUCACAUCCUUCAAGUAAAAAAUCAAAAUUUUGGUUUUCAAACAGCGUCUCAUAAAGCAAUAAAAACCAAUGACAAAUCAUUAAAAACAGCUCAAAUGUUGUUUAAAGAUCUCGAGAGCAAUGAUACGAUAGCAGUAUCCAAUGAUUCCCGUGAAAAUGAUAUUAUUAAAAAAUCUGAGGCUUGUAGUAAUUUUGGAUUUUCUACAGCAUCAAAUAAAAAACUGGAAGCUAAAAAUGAAAAAGCAUUAGAAAAAGCAGAAAAUCUUUUUAAAGACCUCGAUGCUGAUAUAAAUGCAUAUGAGGGUCCUAAACGUAAUUCGGCAAAACAAAUAACAUCUUGUAACAUAAUAAAGACAGAUGAGAAGUCCUUAGAAAUAGCUAAAAAUUUGUUUAAAGAUAUCGAAAAUGAUGGUACGACAAAUAUUACUUCAAAAAAAAUUUCCAUAAGUGCAUCUGAUAAAGAAAACUCCAAUCUUUUUAAAAAACCAUCUUGUAAUAAUUUUGGAUUUGCUACUGCAUCAAAUAAAACACUAGAAAUUUUAAAAGAAAAUGCUUUAGAAAAAGCAGAAAAUCUUUUUAAAGAUAUUGAUGAAAAUAUAAAUUCACGCGAAGGUUCUAUGGGUAAUUUGGAAAAACAACCAAAAUUACCAUCGAUUUCCGGGAAUAUUAAGACUGAUUCAAUGAGUAAAGCUUGUAAUCUGUUUAAGGAUAUCUUCGAAGAAUUUUCUGAUAUAGCUAGUGAUAAGAAUGAAUUCGAGUUAAAUACAAACUUAACAAACUUAGGUAAACCGUCGGCUAAUGAUAAAAACGUGAAGCAAAAUAUAAACUAUGGUACGAAUUAUAAAGAAAACAAAGAAAUUUAUGACGAAUUGGAAAAUGCAGUAAUGUGUUUUGAAAAUAUGGAUGAAACUUUUAAAAUACCUGCAUCUCAUGAAAUUGAAAAAUUAAAUCCACAAUUAGAAAACAAAGAGAUGGAACAAUUAUUAGAAAACGAUAACGAACAAUUCCUUGAUAUGAAUGAAAAUCAAACGGAAGAAAUGGAUAAUAUGUCUUCAAAAUUUUCAACAGAAGAUAAAAAAUCAGAGUACAGUGAUCUCGAUGAAACAUUAAUUGAAGAUACGGAUGAUUUUACGGACGCAGGGAGUGUUGGAAGUAAAUCAGAUUUAGAUAACGUCGUUUUAUGGAAAGAUAUAAUUAAUUCAAAACAAUUUGAUUUUAAUAUGGGCGAAAUAAAACCUGGUUUGGGUGCAAUAUUAUCAAAACAAAAUUAUUUAAAUGAACCAUGCAUUUCUUUACGUCAACCUAAUUCUAGCGAUCUGAAACAAUUGGACACAGAAGUAAAAAGACAAAUCACAGAUUUGAAUAUGUUAAUGUCAUUAUUAGAAAAAAAGAAAACUCAUAUCGAAAAUUUGAUGAAUUGUGAUUCGAAAAAUCAGUCAGUCAGUUUUACUCCGGGUAAAUUGUAUAAGGAAAAACAAAAAAAUAGAGAUCGCAGAAUUCCGUUGAAAGCUGCUGUCAAUAAUCAUCUCCCAUGUUGUAUGAAUGAUUUACCUAGCUCAACAGUGCGACGUUUUUCAAUAAAUUUAUGGGAUAUAACACCUGAAAACGCUUGUGAUCUUCAUUUUUAUUUGCCGAGUCCACCAAGUUCAUUUAUUAUUACCUUGACUGACGAUGCAAAAUUAAUGCCAUCCAGUUUAAACUUGGCUGGUUUAGCUGAAUUUAAAAUUGCAUUUGAAACAAUGCCAGGUGUUGACAAACAAAAAGUUAUCGUUGGUUGGUUUGAAAAUCAUUUUCGAUGGAUAGUUUGGAAGUUAGCUAGUAUGGACCGACAAUUUCCGAAUCAAUUUGAUGGUUAUUUUCUUACACCGGAUAAUAUAAUGCAACAAUUAAAAUAUCGUUAUGAUCGAGAUGUAUAUGGGAAUGAACGUUCGGCGAUCAGAAAAAUUGUUGAAAGAGAUGAUGUGCCAUCACGCAGAAUGGUUUUAUAUGUCAGCAAAAUUGUUGAGAGUUCAGGAAAUAACUAUGAAAUAGAACUAUGUGACGGCUGGUACAGUAUGAAGGCAAAUAUUGAUUUGUGUUUAUUGAAUUUUGUCCGAAGAAAAAAAAUACAAGUCGGUACUAAACUAAUGACAUAUGGGGCUGAAUUAAUAAAUGUAUCUCAUCCAUGCCAUCCAUUACAGGUUCAAUCGGACGCACGUUUAAAAAUCCAUGGAAAUUCUACUCGGCGUGUUAAAUGGGAUACAAAAUUAGGUUUCCAAAAAAUAACUGGACCUUUUCGGACUUCAGUGCAUAGUAUUCUACCUAGCGGUGGCUACGUUGGUCGUGUUCUUGGUUUUAUUGCACGAUCUUUCCCCUUAAAAUAUAUAGAAAAAAUGAGCAAUGAACAAUGGGUUUGUAGAUGCAAACGAGCUGAGGCACGGCGAGAUAGAACAUUCCAAACAGAACAAGAAAAAAUUAUAGAAAAAGCUCAACAAGAAGCAUACGAAACAUUACAAAAUCAAUGGCAUGAAGAGUCUAUUUCGAUUAUUAAAGAGAAUAAAAAUUCUAGUGAUAUACAAAAAUUAACAUGUCCCAAAAAAUUAUUAGCCCUGCUCGAAUUUAGUACUGAUCCCAGUAGUAUUAGUGAAUUAUUGUCGAAAUCACAACUCCAAAUUGUUACCGAUUAUCGUUCAAAAUUAAACAGUCAACGUCAAGCAGAUAUUUCGUCAAAAGUACAAAACAUUUUAAAUAAACGUGGAUUUGCGAAACGAACAGUUUCGUCAGUUCUUCAGAUAAUUAUUGUUGAUGCACAUAAACCUAAUUUAAAGAAUCAUUUUAUGGUAGAAAUAUGGAAUCCAGAUAAUUAUAUUAUAGAUAAUUUAACAGAAUAUGCAACGGUUGACUUUUUGAAUUUAAUGUCAUCAAAUGCUCGAAGUGAUAAUUCAUUAAAAGCUACAAAGCAAACACGUUAUUUAAGAAUUAAUCAACAAACCAAUAUGAAUCGUGUUUGCUUGCGAUAUUAUACACCAAUCAGGCAAAUGCAGCUCGUUGAGUAUAAUCCACCAAUUAGAUAUUGUGAUACUGUCGGUGUUAUUGUUAAAAUUUGUUCUGAAGAUAAUUUAAUUAGAUAUGUAUGGUUAGCAGAUGCACAUUUUAGACUCUUACGAGUAGUCUAUAAGAUGGAUUCAAACAAUUGUUUGGCAUUUGAAGGAUUUAAUGUGGGUGAUAUUGUUGCUGUGUUUAAUUUGAAAUUGUCAAAAAGUCUACUAGGUCAAGCUCAAGCAUUAAUUGAUUAUGUAACGUAUGUUACAAAAACUCCGUCUAAGUCACCAGAUAUGACCGCAGCUAUUGAAUAUUUACAUAACGAGUUACCUUCGAGUUUUAAUGAUUUUAUUUGUGAUUGUGAUGAUAAAAUUGCGCAAUGGAAUAGCGAGAUGAGUUUAAGGUGAAAAAUAAAAUUUAUGCAACAUUAAAUUUAAAAAAGAAUAUAAUUUUAUGCAU